AUGGCAAGCUCCCCAUACACAACUUCCCAGUACACCUCGGAAGAAUUUGUUGAGAGCUGCGGGGCAAUUGUGUUCGACCUCUCCCAAAACAAAACCGUCUGUCUGGUGCACUAUCAAAAAACCAACGAAUGGCUUCUUGCGAAAGGACGUCGCAACUGUGGUGAGUCCCGAUAUGAGGCUGCACUGCGUGAAUUCCACGAGGAAACCGGUUAUCGGGCUCGGCUGUGCCCUGUCAAGAUGUGGACUCGAGCCCCUCCCAAGGACGAAGAGGGUUGUGUCCAGGAUAUUCCUCGCUUGUAUCCGGAUUUGACGGAGCCCUUCAUGGUCACGACGCGACAGUUGGGUGGAAGUGGUGUGAAGAUAAUCUGGUGGUACAUUGCUGUAUUGGAAGGCUUUGUUGGUGAGCCUGGGUCUCACGAAAAGGAAUUCUCAUCAAGAUUCUUUCCCUUGGACGAGGCAGUGGAAAUGCUGAGCUUUGAAAAUGAUCGGUCGGUUCUUCGAAAGGCGAUCAGCAUCAUUGAGGGUUAG